UGUCCUCAGACAGCUGCUGUGAUUUGAAUAACCAGGCAGGCUGCUGGAUGUCCCCUGGUGACUGAUUUGCCUGGCAAACAGACCCUCAACCCCUGGGAGACACUCAACCCCCCUGGAGCCUUGUUCCCUCUUCCUAUGCCCAAAAGCUCCCCAGGCCCAUCUCCCCUUGCCUGGCCCUGCUUGGUGGUCCUAGUGCUUGUCCACCCCAGAAGCUGGACGGUUACCUCCAAAACCUGGGAGAAGAUGGGCAGGUCCCUGGGCAAGAGUAACCCGAGCCAGCUUAGUCCACUCCCAGGGACAGUCAGGAAAUUUGCAUGAAGAGAAUGAGGUUCCUCAGCGGCUUCCCCUCCUUUCCCACCAGGGAUAGUCAUCCUGGGGCUGAGGUCUGACAGCAGGUGGAGGCAGCCCCUGUGUGUGGAGAGCCUUCCAGAGGGCAUGCCCCGCGCCUUCCUGGUCAGGAGUCGGCGUCCACAGCCUCCCAACUGGAGCCACCUGCCUGACCAGCUCCGGGGAGAUGCCUAUAUCCCAGACUGCAGCAGCCUGAGGAGGCCACCGGCACAACAGUCGUCCAGUGUCAGGGAUCCAUGGACAGCGCAGCCCACACAGGACAACCUGACCUCUGCUCCCAGGGGCCCAGGGACGCUGGGCUGCCCGCUCUGCCCUAAGGCCUUCCCUCUGCAGCGCAUGCUGACAAGGCACCUCAAGUGCCACAGCCCUGUGCGCCGCCACCUGUGCCGCUGUUGUGGCAAGGGCUUUCAUGACGCCUUCGAUCUCAAGCGCCACAUGAGGACUCACACUGGGAUCCGGCCCUUCCGCUGUAGUGCUUGCGGGAAAGCGUUUACGCAGCGCUGCUCCCUGGAAGCUCACCUUGCUAAGGUGCACGGGCAGCCGGCCAGCUACGCUUACCGCGAGCGUCGCGAGAAGCUGCACGUGUGCGAGGACUGCGGCUUCACCAGCUCCCGGCCGGACACCUACGCACAGCACCGCGCCCUGCACCGCGCAGCCUGAUACGGUGUGCCAGCGUCCUCCCCAAGAGGCAAAUAAACACAGGAAACUCACGCA